AUGUCGGAGAUCACCUUCGGCACCCCAGCGGCAACAGCAACCCUCGAGAAGCCCAAAACCUCAGAGUCACCAAAAAUCUCAGGGGAUCCAAAGACCCUCCAGGAGCCAAGAACCGCAGAGCAACUAACGACUCUGGUGAAAAAAGACAAAGAGGCAGAAGGACCCCAAACCCCCGAGGAACCAAACACCCCAGCGCAGCAGCCAGAGCCACCAAAGAAGCCACGAACCCCAAGGGCCGACCUCUCGACCGAGUUCGAACCCGAGCCUGCUGAAGAGGCCCUAGCGACCCGCGCGGAACAUGUGGAAUCGACAAAAGUAGAAGCUCCCUCAUCUCCCUUGUCCCCUGCGACUACCGAGUCUGACGACGACAACUACGACUCCCUCGACUCCCCCGAGUCGCCGCCAGGCCCCGUCUCCAGCCCCAAAGACUCUAGCCCCGAAGAUUCUCCUAACCUUCCCUCCCCCUCCCCCUCCCCCUCCCCCUCCCCCAGCCCCUCCCCGCCAUCCUCCCGCGGCCGUCACACCCGGCACUCGCGCAGCCUCAGGCUCGCACCCCUCUCCGUCAUCUGCCGCCACACGCACGUCACACACUCGGGCUGCGUGCACACCGAGUCCACCAUCGGCCGCAUCUGCCGCAAGGUCGAGCUCUGCGCGGACGGCGUGCUGAACAACUGGCAGCAGCUGGGCGACUGCGAUAUGUGUGACGACUCGAAGAAUCUCAACUGGGAUAUGGAUAGCAUGGAUGGCGGCGACAGCGGGAAUGAUUGUGAGAGUGAGAGUGGGAGGGAGGAUGAUGACGAUGAGGAUGAGGAGGGGUUGGUGGUGGGAGUGGGUAGAAAGGGGGUGGGCGUCAAGAAGGCUGAGGAAGUCACCGUCACCGAAUCUCCUGCUGGGCUGCGUAAGUCGAAUAGGAAGAGGGCGCAUGAAGACGAGGAUGAGGAGGAGACGCAGCGGAGGAAGCGCAGGAGGGUGUCGUUCGAUGCGACUCUGCAGAUUCAACACUUUAAAUCUUAG